CAACGCCACAUAUUUAACGGAACCAUCUUAUCCCGACCGUUAACGACCUCUUCCCUGGAAAUUCCACAACCGCCAUUUUUAGCUUCACAAAAGAGAACGCCCAUGGCCACGUGCCUCCUUCUUCACAUUCCUCUCAAAUCCCCGAACCCUAAUUCUCGCACCUCUAAGAUCACAUGCUCAUCCAUUACGGACCAAUCACAAGUAGCCAAACGAAACCUCCUCAACCUCGUCUCAGACCAGGAACGCGGCCUCAGCACACAGAAAAACCCAAUUAGACGUGCUUCAAUUAUCGAAGCAAUCGAUGCCCUUGCCUCUCUCUCAAAAGAUACUGUCACCACCGGUGACUCGCUCUCCGCUACGUGGCGGCUUCUUUGGACUACCGAGAAGGAGCAGCUCUUUAUUAUUCAGAAUGCGAACCUGUUCGGUACCGAAGCAGGUGACGUUUUACAGGUGAUCGAUGUAGAGAAACGAACGCUCAAUAAUGUGAUAACGUUUCCUCCUGCUGGAGUUUUCUUUGUACGGUCGACUAUAGAAAUUGCUUCAUCGCAGAGAGUGAAUUUCAGAUUUACAAGUGCGGUUCUGAGAGGGAAGAAUUGGGAGAUUCCCUUGCCACCAUUUGGGCAGGGUUGGUUUGAGACCGUUUACCUUGAUGACGAGAUUCGAGUUGUGAAGGACAUCAGGGGAGAUUAUUUGAUUGUGGACCGUGCACCUUAUACAUGGAAAGAAUGAACCCAAAGCAGUUCCAUACUUCACCGUAUUUGGGCUAUAAGUUUCCAGGUUUCCUUCAGUGGGCACCCUUGGCUUUUGGAAAUUCAAUUGGUAAUUCCCUUGCUUUUUCUAUCUAUCUGAUGGCUUCCUCACCACACAGUAUGCAUAUAUUCUCGGAUCUCAGCCCCACUAUUAUAUGUAACAUUAGGCUCAAUGCAAUAGUAUUUAAAGUUAUUUGCUAAUUCUUUGGACAAUACACGGUUCUUGAACUGGAAAUUUUAUUGAGUGCUUUCUCUUUUAGAGAUCUAGUGAUAUAAAUCAUUUCUAUCUUUUGCCUGUGCCAUGUUGUUAAUAAUAAUUAAUGGUAUGUACUUUCUUAUCCAUUGAUGAGCAGAAGGAAUCUCUA